ACAGUCCUGCAGUCGCCAGCGAUCGUUCGCGUGCGGAGCUUCUCGCACGAACAUGUCGCGCAGCCAUAGCGCACACAACACCACCGAAUAAAUCGAAAUUCGGCGGACGUUCACUCGCAUUGCAUACUGUCGAUUGUGUAUGCAGGUAGAAAUCAAAAUAACUGGUUAUUACCGUCGAUUGAAAGCAGUUAGUUGUGUUUCCACAGUGAAGUCGGCAUAGAAUUAUCGACCGGUUGGAAAAUCUAUGCGAUGAAAAAUUAAUUAUAACUCGGGCAGUAACAGACAUGUGAUUGUGAGAUUGGUUGGGUUAGUUUUUUUUUGAAAACCUGAGAGUUGUUUUAAUUUGGCGACGCGAUGAAAGAUCCGGUGACGAAGCCAAAGUACGCGAAGCUUCCGGAACAGCCGGAAACAAAGGUGAUCUAUGGGGAAGCUGUCACCAAACCGCCAAUUACGAGCGACGCCGACAUAAUGUGGCUGAACACGGCCGAGGCAAGCGCUUGCAGUGCCGAAGAAGUUGCCGGCCGACUGCGCGUCGAUCCGCGCUUGGGCCUCAGCUGGCAGGAGGCGACUUAUCGGCGGCAGCUCGCCGGCUACAAUGAGUUCUCCGUCAAGGAGGACGAACCGCCGUGGAAGAAGUACCUGGAACAAUUCCAGAAUCCACUCAUCUUAUUGCUCCUAGCCUCGGCGUUGGUCUCCGUGUGCAUGAGGCAGUUCGACGAUGCCAUCAGCAUCACUGUGGCGAUUGUCAUCGUGGUCACGGUUGCUUUCGUGCAGGAAUAUCGCUCUGAACAGUCGUUGGCGGAGCUUACAAAAUUGGUACCACCACAGGCACAUUGUAUUCGAGAAGGAUCUCCAGAUUCAUUCAUGGCGCGCGAGUUGGUACCCGGUGACGUGGUGCGGUUGAGCGUCGGUGAUCGUGUACCGGCUGAUCUUCGUCUCUUCGAAGCGGUGGAUUUGUGUAUCGAUGAAAGCAGCUUCACAGGCGAAACGGAGCCGGCGGAUAAAAACGUCGCUCCAGUUUCGAAUCCGAAUGGCACGCAUACCGAGUACACCAACAUUGCGUUUAUGGGCACCCUCGUGCGAUGCGGCUUCGGCAAGGGUGUUGUGAUUAAUACUGGCGUGAAUAGUGAAUUCGGCAGUGUUUUCAAAAUGAUGCUCGAAGAGGAAGCGCCAAAAACGCCACUGCAAAAAUCCAUGGAUAGUCUGGGAACUCAACUGUCAAUGAUCUCGUUUGCCAUCAUUGGUAUGAUAAUGCUCAUUGGGUGGCUUCAAGGCAAACAGUUGCUUGAAAUGUUUACAAUUGGUGUUAGUUUGGCCGUUGCUGCAAUUCCUGAAGGUUUACCCAUAGUUGUAACCGUAACUCUUGCAUUGGGAGUGAUGCGAAUGGCGAAACGUAAUGCGAUUGUAAAGAAACUACCUACUGUGGAAACCCUCGGCUGUGUAAAUGUGAUCUGCUCGGAUAAAACAGGUACGAUUACCAAAAACGAAAUGACCGCCGCGGAUGUGCGCACAUCCGAACUCUAUCAAGCUGAUAUUACCGGCACCGGAUACAAUGACAUCGGAGAGGUGAUCUUGCGUAAAUUUGACUCAGCAGAUAAAACCCGCGAGAGUAUCUAUCAGGUGUUCGAAGCGGGUGUGGUGUGCAACAAUGCUCGUUUACAAGAUGGCGAACUCAAAGGCCAGCCGACAGAGGGCGCUCUACUCUGCGCCGCCAUGAAACAUGGUAUGUUCAAUCCUGGCGAUCGUUAUAUCCGUUUACAGGAAUAUCCAUUCAGUUCGGAGCAUAAAAUCAUGGCGGUUAAAUGUAUACAAAAGUACGAUAAGUCCAAACAGGAAAUCUUCUUUGUAAAAGGUGCGGUUGAGCGGGUGCUGGCGAAAUGCACGAAAUAUUCACAAAAUGGCGUAGCGCAACCUAUGACGCAGAAUAGGGUACAGGAAUAUAUGCAGGAUGCAUCAUCAAGUGCAAGGGAAGGAUUGCGAGUGGUUGCGAUGGCUCGCGGUGAUUCAUUACAAGAUUUAAUGUAUUUGGGUUGUGUUGGUAUUCGAGAUCCACCGAGGGCGACUGUUCAGGAUAACAUUUUGACGUUGUUGCAAUCCGGUGUGCAAGUAAAAAUGGUAACGGGUGAUUCCCGAGAUACUGCCGUGUCGAUUGCACACCAGGUUAGCAUUGAAGCAAACCCCUCACAGGUGGUAUCCGGUGAACAAUUGGAUGCGUUCGGAGAGGCUGAGUUGGAUGCCGCUGUACAACAUGCGACUGUGUUCUACCGAGUAUCACCGAAGAAUAAGUUGACGAUUGUUAAGUCACUGCAACGCACCGGACAUAUUGUUGGCAUGACUGGUGAUGGUGUAAAUGAUGGGGUAGCUCUGAAAAAGGCGGAUAUUGGUAUUGCCAUGGGACAAAACGGUACGGAUGUCUGCAAGGAAGCGGCGGAUAUGAUUCUGACCGAUGAUGACUUUGGCACUAUCAUUGCUGCAAUUGAAGAGGGCAAAAGUAUUUUCUACAACAUUCGCAAUUUCGUACGGUUUCAACUCUCGACGUCAAUUGCGGCGUUGUCGCUGAUCGCGUUAGCUACAUUAAUGAGUAUUCCGAAUCCAUUAAACGCUAUGCAAAUUCUCUGGAUAAAUAUCAUUAUGGAUGGACCACCGGCGCAGAGCUUGGGCGUUGAGCCUGUUGAGAACGACGUGGUGCGACAAAAGCCGCGCAACACCAAAGAACCGAUGAUUACACGCAAAUUGGUUGGUAACGUGUUCCUUUCGGCCAGUAUUAUUAUCGCCGGUACCUUGUGGGUAUUUCAAAAAGAGAUGAGCUCAGCUGGUAUCACCGCUCGAGACACCACCAUGACGUUUACGUGUUUCGUGUUUUUCGACAUGUGGAAUGCGUUGUCUUGCCGGUCGCAGACCAAGAGUGUGUUUACGAUCGGUUUGUUCUCGAAUCGCAUGUUUCUCGGUGCUGUGACGCUCUCCGUUGUGGGACAGCUACUGGUUGUAUACUUUCCACCUCUGCAGAGAAUAUUCCAAACGGAGGCUUUGACUAUGUGGGAUAUGAUAUUCCUAACCACAUUGACAUCAUCAGUGUGGGUGAUAUCUGAAAUUAAGAAACUUAUUGAACGUGUGAUGGAACAGCGCGGUAAGCAGGGCAAGCGAUCGCCGCUGGAAUACGUAUGACGGCGUCGGGGGCCUGGGGCGAAAACCCGCCGCGACUAGCCGCAUCCCGUUCCUUGCCCCCUUUUAGCUGUGGCCCCCUAGAAUGUGCAACACAAAUAACGACUACCUACGCGAAUGAAACUGAUGCGAAGCGAUUUUGAUUUGAAAAUCCCUUGAUUUUAUAUCAAUUCACCAAAAGUAUUAUGCACAUUUUUCUGGGUUUACAUGUUUUAUCAUCAUGUUAUACGUUGCAGCUAAAUCGGUUUUAGUUUAUUUCUAGCAGGACGAAUGUGGUUUUUACUUAAUUUAUAUUUUAUUGUGCGUGUAUGAUGACUUGUUGAAUGAUUGGGUGGCGAAAAAUAGCAGAAGGACCAUUAGUAUGUUAGGCAACUUUAUACACAUCACACACAAACUUUGCAAUUGUUUUUCAUUGCCAUUAUUGUGUAAAGUAAGUUAUUGAGAAGUUAAGAAUGAGAUUUGAGAAGGAGAGAAAAAAAAAUUGAGGCAACCAAAUUGCGGGAACAAAUUACAGAUGAAUGUGCUGAAUAUUUACCAUUUCGACGCGUGACCACUUACGUCACCUUUUAAGUAAAUUUAAUGUAUAUGUAAGUACAUACCAUCUUCAAAACCUUUAACUAGCGAAAUAGAAGUAAUAAUAUCUGCCUUAAACGAGUAGCAAAACGGCACAAUUGAUCCGUAUUGAGAUGAUAAUGUUGAAACUAUGAUUUGUACAUAAUAUUUAACUCGACGUUCGAAAUGAAGAAAAAACAUCAUCAUCAAUAUUAACAACUGAAUGUAUAUGUUUAAGAUAGCAAAGUUUAUAUAGUCUACUUAUGUACUUAUCGUACUUUGUCGCCAUUUGCACUAACAGAAAGCGCGUGAGAGGAUAUAUCAUAGAAGACAUGAAAAUAUAUUAUUCUGUGAUACACUGUUAUAGUUUGUAUAAAAGCACCAGAGAGAGUUUGGCGUGUUGCGUAUGUUUGUUUUUGCAAUAUUGUUGAACUAUGAUUGUUAAACUUGGACAACACGCGUGUUUAUUUCGUUUGCGUUCAAUUCGCCAUUUUUUGAAGUCUUAUUAUGAACAGCGUGAAUAUGAAAUGUGUGCACACAUUUGUUGUUGACGAGUUAGAUUGUAAUUGGCAAAGGAAAUUACUGCAGCGCACGUUUUAUACUGCUGUCCUCUUUCUAUCUCUAGUUCUUUGUAUAUUCUAGUUGUAUAUUGUAUUAAGACAGAAUGAGGCUUGAAAUUGCCAAAAAUUGCAACCACAACAAAUACUUUGGUGUCUAUUUAUAAAUGGAAAUGAAAUGAUGUGCGGAUUGAAUGAGGUCGGAUUUUAUAAUAUUGUGCACUUGCGCACGAGCGAAAAGACAAGAAACUUGGUGCUGACGUUGGUGAUUGCAAAAAGCGGGUUUUACACUUGUGCAUUCCUUGGAGAUUUGAAUUGAAAGCAGAUGCAAAUAAAUUCUGUAAUCGAA